CAGUAGGCACAGGCUCCCCGUGACCCGAGGUAGUUCGGAUAAAGCGGUAGAAAAUAAAUGAAUUUGAAAAGAAAAAUAUAUAAACACAAUAAUUUAGUACUUCUUUUUAAAAUUGUGUUAAAUAUGUUCAAAGUUUAAGAACAUGUUCUUCUAUGUUAUUUAUAUUUAUUAAAGCGUAUAAACUGGACUAUUAUAACGGAAACGCACAAUCCGAUGUCAUAAAGCAUGGCCACCACUAGGGGAGCUGUUCUGCGCUUUAACAUGCUUUUCCCCUCCGUGUGUUUUUGCAGUGUUUAUCCAGUGAUAAAUAUAGUGAUAAAUCUGUUAUAAAUUCUGUUUAAGGUCAUGUGUGAUAUCUAAAACACUUCAACACGGAUAUGUUUUUUUAUCUAUUUGUGCACGAUUACAGUGAUUCACAGAAGUGUUUACAGACUUCUUACCAACCUCUCAACCUUACUGUAUGGUCACAUCCAUUGUUAUCAUUUCAGUGUUUACAUGUUUUAAAGGAAAGUAAAUACAGUGCAUUAGUGUGUGUGUCUGUGUUAGUAUACUGUGUGUGUUAGUGUGUACAGUGUGUGUCUGUGUCAGUGUUAGUGUUAAUGUGUGUGUGUGGUAGUGUGUACAGUGUGUUAGAGUGUAUUAGUGUGUGUUAGAGCGUAUUAGUGUGUAGUUGAAUAAAAUAAACAGAUUAAACAGAUAUUUCCUUUGACAUUUCUAUGGAAACUUUCUAUGAUAUUUUCACAGGUUGUUGAAUAACCUUGAACAUAUUUAUAUAUAAUAAUGAUCACAUUUCUUCUCUAAUUUCAUCUAAAUUGUUUACAAGAAUAAAUGUAUUGUUUGAUUUGUUGCUUGACUUCUUAUUUUUACACUAAAAGUUUUCCUCCUCCAUGAAACACAUUUAAUCUGAGGUUUAAAUCAACACCAAUCUGCUGCACCUUCAUCUAAAAACUAUGUAGAAACACAUGAGAUGUGGCGAGUGGCCAGUUAUUAAUGUCGAGAAGGACAAGGAUCUACGUUUCUCUCGGCCUCUUCACAGACAGAUCAUUUUUCUGCUCCUCCUCUAAAGACUUCUGGUCUUUACAUCAGAAAGAGAUGAAAAAAGCUUGCGGUCAGAGCGAGUUGCACUGCCACUUCCCCUCACUCCUGUAGCUGUAAAUGAUUCUGAAGCUCACUGAUAAUUUCCUCCUUGUGAACAGAGAUCAAGUCUCAUCAUGAAGAUCCUCCACAUUCACUUCUAUCUACUUGUGUUCUGUGGAGCUGCUGAAUGUUUCACAGAGAAGUCUGUAGAUUUGGGACAAAAUGUGACUCUAAAGUGUGAAGUGUCUUUAAGUAAUGUGUACUGGUUCCUGAUGAAGGCGUCAGAACGUCCAGUGUUAAUAUUACUCUCUUACUCCAGCAAAUCCUUGACAGCAGAUUACAGUAACACAACCGUCAACAAGAGAUUCUCACUGCAGUAUAACAGCAGUUUAUUUAUACACAAUAUCAGUACUAAUGAAUUAGGAGUCUAUUAUUGUAUUUAUACUCAAAAAGGUUCACCUCCAAACAUCAGCCGUGGAAUCAGACUUUACAUCCAGAGUCACUCAGCUGAGAAUCAGACUGAAGAGUGUCAGAAUCAGACACCUGAUAAAGAUGGAAAGAUCAGACUCUGGAGAAAUCUCUUCAUCAUAACAGGACUUGUGAUCGGUGUUGUGAUGGUUGCAGUCACAGUCUCCAUCAUAAUCUGCUGUGGAAAAUCCAGAUCUCCAGACUGUGAUGUGAAGCUUCUGGAAGUCACUGGAACACAGAGCUGGUCAUCAAAUGCAACUAAUGACAGCAGCUACACUGUGGUGGCGAUAAUGCAGCUUAUAGUUGGUGUGACAAGCGCAAUUUAAACAACAGGAAAAUAAGAAGAAGAAGUGUGUUUGACUGCCAGAACCAUGAGAGCUCUCACCAUCAUCUAUAGAUGUUUAUUAUUCUUCAUGGUCCAUCUGCUGAUACACAAUGUGUUGGUGCAGAGCAUUGAGACUCGUGAAGCCUUCGUAGGUGAUACAGUCAUCUUACCAUGUUCCAUCGACCGCACUAAAGCAUUGUGGGAUGUUUUUUGGAGAGAUGAUGAAGAAAAAGUGGUGGUUGAUUUUUUCGAGGGUAAAGAAGUUUUUUCUGAUCAGAGCCCAGAAUACAGAGACAGAGUUCAAACUUUUCAAACUGAGAUUGCAAACGGAAACUUCUCCAUCAAGCUGAGUAAUGUGAAGCUCUCUGACUCGGGAACUUACACCUGUCAUGUCCCUGGACCUGCUCAGAGUGUAAAACUGACUGUUAAAGAAGGAGAAAAAAAAAACACUCCAAGAAAUGGUGACAUCACAAUAUGCCAUUAUGCCACAAUAUAGACAUCCGUGCUGCAGCUCAGUUUCAGGGUCUUGGCAAUCUUCUUAUAACCUACGCCAUCUUUAUGUAGAGCAACAAUUCUUUUUUCAGAUCCUCAGAGAGAUCUUUUCUAUGAGGUGUCAUGUUGAACUUCCAGUGACCAGUAUGAGAGAGUGAGAGUGAUAACAUCAAAUGUAACACACCUUCUCCCUGUUCACACCUGAGACCUUGUAACACUAAGAAGUCACAUGACACUGGGGAGAGAAAAUGGCUAAUUGUCCAAUUUGGACAUUCUCACUUACUCGUGUACUCACUUUUGUGUCCAUCGGUUUAGACAUUAAUGGCGGUGUGUUGAGUUAUUUUGAGGGGACAGCAAAUUAACACUGUUAUACAAGCUGAACUACUCACUACUUUACAUUGUAGCACAGUGUCAUUUCUUCAGUGUUGUCACAUGAGGUGUACUCACUUCUGUCAGAUACUGUAAGUGCUGUGACAGAAAACAAGAGGUUAUGAUGCAAAACUUCAUACAAACCAUACCAGCUUUCACAUUACCAACAAUCCGGGAAAGAAAAGAAAUCUAUUUUCAUUGAAAAUAAUCUUUGAUACUAGAUUUAUGUUGGGGUUUUUUUUUUUUUUUUUGUUUUUUUGCAUUUGUUCACAAAAUGCUGUAAAAUUACAAACAUUAUCUGUGAAUUAAAAAAACAACUGUUAUUUUGAAGUUUUAUGCUAAUAAUGAAGUACAUUUAUUUUUCACAGAAUGUAUAAUAUAUUUAUACAGUAUUCCUUCUGUUUUCUUACAUACAAAUGUAUGUGAAUUUUUG